CAUAUGACUUUUUCAAAUCAAAACAAAGCUCAUCUGGAGAGAGGCGUCUCCGGCCGGUGGUCGCUCCCCUCGCCCUUCGAGUUCAAGAACUCAAAGGUCUCGUCGCUCGUCAAGCAGAUCGUCCUGAUCGUCCGUCAGCUCAAAGUCCAAACGGUCAUUGAUUGCCAUCAUCCUUGAGCAUGGGCCAAGAUCAAGCGUUCUCAGACACUCCGACUUCGCCCCCCACCAUGUCGAACCCGCACACGGCCCCGUCCAGCACGAACCCAAUGGCCCCGUCAGCGGCGGAUACGGCGUCGUCGUCCUUUCAAUUUGAUGGGCGUUUUCACGUGUUGCCGGCGGAUCGGACUCGCUUGGCGAAACUUCAUUUGGUCCAUUCGAAUUACGUGCCCGCGCAAGUGGAUCGGCAUUUGAAUAAUAUUCUCAUGAAUGAGGCUGGCCAUAUGUGGCUGAGUGCUUCCACGUUGAGUGGUCGAUAUUGGACGGGCUCCCUGUGGUAUUAUGUGACUCCACCCCAAAAUGAGACCGUCAAGCCCGAGUUAUCAUUAACUGGAACGGACACGGAUCACGGCAUCACCCAUAUCUUGCCCUAUGGCUCGGAUGACAAACAGGUCCUGAUCGGUUUAGAUAACGGUUCUUUGGAGCUUCAUUCCUUGGGUUUCUCAGAAAGCGCCCAAGACGAGAAAAAACCUUCGUACUACUACUUAGAUCGAGUUGGCACAUUCCAAGAGCACGAUGACAUUGUCAGUGGUCUAGUCUACACCUCGGGACGUUCUCAAAUAGUGAGCGCCUCGCACGAUAAAAAUCUGGUCUUGUGGGAUCCAUCAUCCUUGGCCAAACUGGGCGAAAUAACCAAUGCUCACCGAGAUCUCAUUCUGGACUUGGCUGCACAUCCCAAGGAGUCCCACACUCUAGCCUCGGCCAGUUUGGACGGUCGAGUCCCAAUUUGGGACAUCCGAGAAAAGAAACUAGCUCAGGUGGUGUAUAAAGAUGAAAAUCACGUGCCCUGUGCGGUCCAAUUUGUCCCGGAUGAAGAUCAUUUUAUGGUGGUGGGAAGUCGUUCUGGUCAGCUGAUACUUUUGGAUACUCGGAAAGCCGAUUCACCUCUCUCAGCUCAUACGGCUUCUUUCUCGGAGCAAAUUCAUCAAAUCAACUUUAGGAGCUCGAGCUCCGGUCACACUUUUGCCGCUUCGGCCGAUUCGAAUGUCCUGAAAAUCUUUGGAAUCUCUCCCAAUUCUGACCUGGUGGUGCAGAAGGCCAACAAGAAGCACACGGAUUUUGUUCGAGGAAUGGCGUGGCUGACGAAAUCAGACAAGGACGAUUCGUCAUGCGACAUCCCGACCUUACUAAGCUGUGGCUGGGAUCAAAAGAUUUGCUGGACACAAUUGGAUUAAAUUUACCGGAAAUCUGAAUUGCAUUUUCAAGAAAUUCGAUGGAAUGGACAAUGAUUAUUUGCCAAUACAGUGCAAGAUCCAGACAAUAUAGAUCUUCUAUUUUUUUUA